AAUGAUGCCAGACGGACUUUUGCGGAUACAUUUCGCAGCUCGUCUACAACGUAGCUAAACUGACGGAUAUUGUUUUAGUAAACAGACCGUCUGUGGGGUUAAAAACAAGAUCGUACAUGCUAUCUAGGAUUUAUUUGCCUGGUUGGCCGCGUAAUAAAAACAGAAUGUGGGCUUGUCUUUUGAUUUAUUAUUUUUCUUACUUAGAAAAGUCACAAUGCUAACUAGCUAGCUAAUGCUAAUGUUGGCUAACUAACAGAAUUCUUAUCUUACACCGCCGCCGACGGUCUUCUUGCUUUACUGUGAAGAAAAACAGCUCAUAAACAAGAGGUCGGUACAUCGGACACAGACAACAUUUUGGAUGGCGGUGGCUCCAGCCUCUUUGGCAGAUAAGAUCAUCAUCCUUAAUGAUGAUGGUGAUGAAGAUGAAGCGAGUCCUCAACCCUCCUUCCCUGCCUCCACCUCAUCUUCUAAUCGUCACACCAAAAAGGUCUCGCCUCUCAAAGCUUUGCAGCCGGUGCCCACACACAUUACCCAGUCACCUUUUGCCUCAGCGAAGAAGGAUGCUCAUGUUCUGCAGGCGGAGAAUCAGAAGUUGUUCACUGAGUUUGUCGAACACUGCUCAGGUCUAACUAAGGACUGCCCCGAGGUCUUGACGUUUCUCCAAACCAAGCAUGCCAAGGCCUGCCCAGACUAUCUGUCGUCUGUGGAGUUCAGGAACACCCUGGGACGAUGUUUGACUCGCGCUCAGGCCAACCUCUCUAAAACAUUUGUAUACAUCAAUGAACUGUGCACUGUGCUCAGGCAACAUGCCAUCAAGAGGAGGCAGACCCUCACCAAGAUUGAGCCUAGUUCCUCUACCUCAGCAUCAAGUACUCUGCAGCCUACCUCUCUGAUAGCCAAAAUUAAAGGUAAGACUAAAGGUAAGAUGAGUGAAAAGGCAAAAGGGCAGGAACUGGCAGCAGAAGAACAACAACCUUCCACCUCAGGGCUGCAAGAGGACAAUAGACAGGAUCAAGAAGCAGAGAAAAAAGCAAAGAGAGCAUCCAGGAAACAGGUAGCGUACCUGGAGAACCUGCUGAAGGUGUACAACGAAGAGAUCUACCGUCUGCAGCAGGCUGAGCUGAGUAUAGAGGACAUGGCAGCAGAAGAUUCUUUAUACAUUCAGGAGCACAAGCUUAAACGCAAGAUGAUGAAAAUAUAUGAAAAGCUGUGUGAACUAAAGGGCUGCAACACGCUAACAGGCCGAGUCAUUGAGCAGAGAAUCACCUACAGGAGCACUCGUUAUCCUGAGAUCAACAAGAAGAUCGAGCGUUUCAUCAACAGACCAGAGGCUCAGACCAAUCCUCCAGACUACCAAGACAUCCUCCAGCAGGUGUUGCGUGCCAACGAGCGCCACAAUCUGUGCUUAAGCAGAAAACAGUUGAAUCAGAUCGCCCAGGAGGCCUUCAGAGAGACCGGGAGCCGCAUGCAGGAGCGACGCCAACUGGACCUGGCGUACAACUUCGGCUCACACCUCACUGACAAAUACAAAGCUGCCAGUGACCCGGCUCUGUCGAACCCUUCACUGCAGCAGAAGCUGCGGUCGAACAGACAGGUGGCUUUAUCCCGCCUGGAGGAGGUCAUCACCAAGUACGCUGUCAAACAAGACGACGCCGAGGAGCAAGAAAGGAGCAAACGACUGGAGAAAGACAAAGAGAAAUCAGGAAAGGUGGCAGGGACUAAAGAGGAGAAUGGAGUGGAAGAGGAGGAGGAGGAUGAUGAAGACGAAGAUGAAUCAUCAGACCCAGACAUAGAGGAGGAGAUCCAGGCCAGCACUCAGCAGGAUGGACCAGAUGAUGAUGAAGAUGAGGAAGACAACGGCGUCGAGGCAGAGGGAGCGCGUGAAAACGCCAACAAGGAGGAUCAGACCGAUGACCAGACGGGAAGCAUUUCUGCAGGCGAGGAAGAGCCAGUCACAAGUGGCCUCAGUCCUGUUUCUGAUGAAACCAAGUCCCAAGUGUCUCCACUGUCUGACAUCCCGUCCCCCAGAGACAGUCCCAGCCAGUCAGAGCCCAUAAUAACUGACAAGCAGAGGCCGUUACUGUCUAAUGGUGACCUCACAACGUUACAGGAGCCUGUGGAUUCCUCUGAUCAGGUUUCAGGCAUGCUGGUAAGCACCAGCAAAGUCUCUGAGAACCCAGAAGACGUCUCGAUAGCAGCCAAUAGGAAGCCUUUGCCACCGUCACCAGUAGCCGUAGAUAAAUGUGACACCAACGGCAGGUCGCCGCCGCCGAGCCCCAGAACUACGAGGAGUCAGAAGAGGAAGAGGGAGGUGAUCGCAUCAGGGAACGCCGAUAAUUCUAAGGACAUAAUCAUCCAUGACAGUGAGGGCGAUACUCCUCUGGACAUGGGUGUGUUCAGCAGCAGUCCUCUGCAGCAGGCCGAGUCCACCAGAGCUGACACUCCAACCCAGGAACUGGUCAGCAGCUCACAGCUGACGCCGCCUCCCAAGAAAAACAAGGUCAACGUUGCGACCCAGUGUGACCCGGAUGAGAUCAUCGUCCUGUCAGACUCAGAAUGACCUCUCACCUCUGGAUUCUCCCACAAGCACGCAUUUCCAAAGAGCAUCCUUGUCCGCUGGCUCGUAUGUAGAGGACAAAGCCGAAUGUUUUUCUUCUUACACUGCCCCCUUCAAGUUCUGAUGAAAUUCACAGCUGUGGAAAAGCAGGAAGCUGUGAAGAUUGUAGCUUCACUUAAUUACAAAACACCAAAUGAUCGCCGGACAGCUGCUUUCAGAAAGGACUUCUAUAAAAUAAUAAUAGCCUGACAUUUAUUGGAAAUGCAGCUACAAUAGGAAGCUGUGGGAUGUUUCUGUCUUGCCUCUGCUGUGUGAAUCACAGGAUCCAGUUUGCAUUUAUCUCCAUGCAGGGAAACAGUCGGCUGACGUUGACCGCGGCCGUCUUUCAACUCUAUGGUGCAGUACGGUGAGACUCUACUGUGGCACAAGCAGCCAAACCGCUAACGCUUCUGACCCCCAGUUGGUAGCUGCACUAAAAUAAGUUUUUGGCCUAAAAUACUUUCUCCUUUCAUUCGAACCCUGAACUAUAGUCAUGUGUUUUAGGUCAAAAUCAGUGCCUGACAGUUAGACCUGAGUAGUGGUGCGCAAUGUGAGAUUUUGUUUCACCGAAACUCGACUGGCGAAGGCUCCGUUAGCUCGCCGCCAGUCUGUUUACAUUUUAAUAUUUCGGUUGAGUUGUUAUUUUUUUCCACAAAGGGCAGGGAAGGAAUAGCCUGAAACAAAAUUUUGAGAUGAUGAUGUUUUAUCUGCUGUUUUAUUUAUGAUGUGUUUAUGAGUGAGUGUUCUAUGUGGUGCUUUGUUAGCAGUGAUAAUGGGAAAACAUUGACAUUUUAAAAUGUUUCCUUUGAUAUUUCCUCUCCAAACUUUUUCUGUUUAGGAUAUAAAAUAAAGUAGGUUAGUUUGUGUGGCUGCUGCAGCCUCACUGAACAGUUUCCUGAGAGCUUUAGGAGCAGAUGUUUGAAGGAUAAGGCCCACAGUAGUUUAGAUUUUGCUUCUUGUCAGCAAACCGAACGAAAAGACCAAAACUCUCAAUGAACCAACAAGUGAUGCUUGAUCUUCUUCCUCGUGACCUUUGAAUUCUCAUAGCAUUUGGGACGAAUCGCAUUAAUUAGUUUCCAAUGAGCCAGGAGGGUCAACACCAUAAAGCUAAGUGGAAUUCAGCCAUUUUUCCCCUAUCAUGUCUUCUGUGAAGGUCAGAUGUUGUCAAAGAACCAUUAAAAACAUCAGUGAGCCACGUUUUUGAGCUGACAAACAUGUUUCCUUCUGGUUAUGGACACAAUGCAGCUCACAAACUCCACCAAAUGCAAAUUAAUCCGCUUCUGAAAACAGUCACGAACAAAUGUAAUAUUUACUCCUUUCUGAGUAAUGUCUGCUAGAAACCACAGCAUCCAGCUGUUGUCAGAAACACUCUGAAAGUCCUCAUUGGGCUCAGGGCUGAAAACAGAGUAGCACACAGGAAGUACAGAUGAACAUUUUUUGGUUGACAUUGAGAAAAAUACAGACCAGCUUUAUCUUUUAAAGCACUGAAAUGUUUCCUCCCAACAAACAGCCAAGGAAUGGAAGCUAAAUUUCUCCUUCAACACAUCUGAAAAAGCGUUGAUUCUGAUAAAUUCUGCCCAGCCCAGAUAAGGACAUUAUCUGAAACGCCCUGUGAUUUAAAGAAUCAUAAAAGAAGUUAAUUCAGCUUCAUUCUGACACUGACAUUUUUCAGUGUCAGUGCAGCUUUCAAAAUAAUGUAGCCGUCAGAAUUCAGAAUUCUCCUUCCUUGUUUUUACGGUGAAAUUUUUCUUUUUUUCUAGUCGUAGUUUGAUUUUGCGUCAGACAACGUUGCACUGAAUAUCUCCAGCAUUCGUUGGAUGAGAUGUUUUGUGGCUGGUUUGUACCGAGUCCUUCAUUAAAAUAGAAGUCUUUAGAAUGGUCCCUGUGUACCAGAGCACUGCAAUGGUGAUGGAUGUCUGAACCGUUUGGUGUUUUCUAUCUUUUACCCUGAUACAAAUCCCACUUUUUUGCUAUCCCUUUCUGAAUUCCAUUUUUUUCUUAAAUUUUACCUCAUAGGUGAAAUGAUAUUUUGGGGUAAACGCUCUUUUCAGAGUUGCUAAAAUAAAGACUUGGAAUGUAGUUAUCUUUGCUACAAUCUAUUUUAUGCAGAGGAGUGAUCCAUCAUUCACUGUGAAUUAUUUUUGUUUUUUUCAUUUUUGAUAUUGAAAUAAAUGAUACAUUUUCUUAAAUAAAGCCUUUGUGGUGCUCA